GGGGGCUGGGGAGAGCCCCGCGGCGGCCCACCACUGGCUCCCACGGGAGCCGGGCUGCGUUCCCUCGGCCGGGGGAAGGCCCGCUUCUCCCCGGCCCCCAAAGGCGCAUUUCGGGUUUCCCGCUCCUCCCGGCCUGAGCGAGGCAGCAGUCGCCGAAAUUCAGACGAGCCGCCCCGGCUGCAUUUCCUCUCCCUGCGGCACGGGCGGCCUCGACCGCGUAGUUUACUUCAGAUGGCUGAGAAAACAACCAGAGGCCUGCAGGAUGUCCCUGGCUCUUCUCCUGAUGAAAACGAAUUUCCUUUCGGCUAUCCCACUAACAUUUGUGAGGAUGUGCCUGACCAGAAGUACCUGUGCAGCAACUGCAAUAACGUUCUGAAGAAAGCCCUGCAAACGCUCUGUGGGCAUAGGUACUGCUCAGCCUGCCUCUCCUGGAUUGUACGAAACAAUAAAAAUGCGAUUUGCCAGAAAUGUAAAGAGGAAGAUCCCAGCACUUUAAGUGAGGGAAGCCUAUUGGCAGAAGAAAGGGCUUUUGGUGAUGCUGCCAUUAAUAAAGAGAUUUCUGAACUCAAAGUACGCUGUGUGACCCUUGGAUGCAGUUGGUCUGGUAUCAUGAAAAAUUUUGAAGAGCAUCAGAGCUUAUGUGAGUAUGCUUUAAUCCCGUGUCACACUGGUUGUGGACACAUGGUGAUGAGAAAGAAACUUGCAGAUCAUUUGGAAAAUGGAUGUGUUAAUAAUGUGACAAUGUGUCAGAAGUGUAAGCGGAGCUUAUCCAGUAGUGAAUACCAAGAACAUUCAUGUGAAGGCAAUUUAUGUCCAGAACAAAAACAUGUCCAAACAGAAACACCAUCAAAGGAAAAGAAUCACUCUACACCCUUAAUCAACAAGGAUGGAUGUCGUUUUUCUGAAGUUGGCUGUUCAUUUAGGGGAAGCAAAGAGAAGAUAAAAGAGCAUGAGAAAACUGCAAUUGGGGCCCACAUGCUGCUUUUGCUGCAGCACAUAAAGCAACUGAAGGCAAGCUUGUGCACUGCUGCCAAAGCUGCAAAUGGUUCCAUCCCACAGUCAGAGCUGAAUGUGAAUGGUGCAGGAAAAAGCAUCUCGGAUCUGCAGAUCCCAGGGGGGCUGGAAAUCAAUGGGGAUCUGGAAGUAGACUGUUUUCCUGGAUCUUCUGUUUCUGAAGAUGAAUCUGUUCUGCAACAACUUGUGAGGGAGAAAGUGAUUUCUGAGCUAGAAAAUAAGCUACAUGUGUUUGAGAAUAUUGUGGCAGUGCUCAAUAAAGAGGUGGAGACCUCUAAUUUGGAAAUCACAGCCUUUCGGAGACAGAGUGAACUUGAUCAAAAUAUAAUAAGAGGCCUUGAACUGAAGAUUGCAGAGUUGCACCGGUGCCUGACGCAGAAGGAUGCAGGCCUGAGCAGUCUUCAUAAGAGUCUUCUGUUCUCUGAGCAAGCUUCCUAUGAUGGGGUCUUUCUGUGGAAAAUAACAGAUGUUGGCAGGAAGUUACAAGACUCUGUGACUGGAAGAACAGUCAGUUUGUAUUCACCAGCUUUCUACACUGCAAAGUAUGGCUACAAAGUCUGUCUGAGGGUGUACCUGAAUGGGGAUGGGACAGGAAAAGGAACCCACGUGUCCCUGUUCUUUGUUGUCAUGAAAGGAGACUACGAUGCUUUGCUCCCGUGGCCUUUCAGACACAAGGUUACAUUUAUGUUGCUUGACCAAAAUAACAGGGAACAUAUUAUUGAUGCAUUUCGCCCGGACCUGACUUCUGCUUCAUUUCAGAGACCAGUGAAUGAUAUGAAUGUUGCAAGUGGCUGUCCCAUGUUCCUCCCUUUGUCCAAAUUACAGUCACCUAAAUAUGCCUAUGUGAAAGAAGACACGCUUUUCCUUAAAUGCAUUAUAGAAACAAAUUAGUAAAUCUUGAAAUAUGGGUGUCUGGUAAAUCACCCACUGAAUUUCAUUAGUUUACAAUUAAAAAAAAAGUGAGCUUGAGACUUGUAUUAGUUUUCAUGUGCACACAAAAUCCAGAGAGCCUGCGCCUGUGCUCCACUGAAUCAGUUCACACCAGCUGAAGAUCUGCCUGCUAGAGUUAUCUACUGCUGAGCAUGCCAAGUACUUUGCCCAGUGCCCCAUGGAGUAUGCUAUUGCAAAUGAGAAGUGUGAUUAUUUCAUCAAAACAGCCAAUGCUCCCAGUUUAGAUGUAGACUACAGUCACCCCCCGCCCCGCAGAUGCACUUGUGGAAAAAGGCGCUGUUCUUUCUCACGCUUGGCCCAGGCGUGGGUGUCAUUCUGCCUAGGUGUCUGGCAGGGAGUGCGGCCCCAGCUCCCUUCUAGCCCCCUUGGGUUAACAGGUUUCUGGCAUGCAAGGGGCGAAGCUGAGCUUUCCGCAUCCUCCGGCAGCGCUAUGGCGUGUGCUGCUCCGUUUCCCAGGAGGUACGGAGCGAGCAUCUGUCAGACUGCACUGGCUGGCAGCCCUGAUGUGGGAUUUUGGCUGUUCCCCCACCAGGGACAAGGGCAGAUUCCUUCCUCUGAGGCACUGAUCAGGUGUCUCUGUUUGUGCUUAUUGGUGACCUUGAAAAGCAGUGAGUUGUGGGUAGCAUUGGUAGCUUGAAUUCCUUAUACCGGAUGAUUUAUUCCUUGCUAUUUAUUUUAGACUUAUAUUUAUGUGCUCUGUAAAGAGGUGUUCUGUUGCAUCAGCAGUCGGUGACCAGAUUACACUGUGCCUUGGGGAAAUUACCUCUUGUAUUUCCAAAGGAGUUGUUAGACUUUCCCAUUGCAGAUGCGGAGCUCUGAGGGUUGGUAACCCCUGGGAAGUCCAGAGCUGCCAGUCCAAGCCGUGGUAAGGACCCCUCAGUAGCUUUGUUUUAAAGUGUUCAGUCACUUCCUGAACCUUCAAGGCAAGUGACUUACUAGAAAGUAUUGAUCUUUUUUUUUAUUGCUUAAUUCUUUUUAUGUGCUCUGAUGUUUUAAGUCUUUUCACACGCUAAAAUAGAACUACUAGAAAUGUUUUUGUCUUUUUUUUUUUUAAAUAGAGGUAAGGAAUUGAUAUUUUUUUUUUUUUAUAAGCAAGUCAAGCUUGGAAAUGUCUGGAUGUGUGUGAAGUUCAAAUGCUACACCUUAUUCCCAAAAAGCAGCAAGCCUCGCCCUCUUCAUUCCCUGGUUAACAACUGUUUGACAGAAUCAGUGGAGUUGAGCUGGGUUUUGGUGCAGCAGUUUCUGAACUUCCAGCAAACUCGUGCUGCAGUACAGCUUGCUUGUCCAGGACUUCGAGCUGUUGUGCAGAGCGGGUGGGACAGCAGUGUGCAAACCCAAGGCCUGAUCUUGCAGACGCAGGCAGGCGUAUGUAUAAGCGAAAGGCCUUUAUGCAAUGACUUCAUUCGUUUUUCCUUUGCAAUAUAUCCCAUGUCUCAAUUGAAAACACAAAACCAACAGACAACAUUGUGCCCGCUGCAUGAGAAGGGAAAGCAGAAACUGUUUGUCCGCUUAUAUUUUGCAAACCAUGGAAACGGCAGCCGUCUAGCAGAGCUGGUGAAAUGUCGUGUGCUGGGACUAACCUCCAGCCUGGCUGCCGGCAUAUGAAGAGAUUUUUCACAUCUCUCAUUUCUAUCUUGACAGCAUCCUUUAAAGUAAUUAGUUGUGAUGAAGUAUCAAGUUUCA